AUGGCUGCUGCUCAAGGUUACCCUCUUCUGUGCCUGGAGAACCCCCUCCUCGACAUCCAGGCUGUCGGUGAUGCCGCCCUUCUGCAGAAGUAUGGCCUGAAGGACAACGAUGCUAUCCUUGCUGAGGACAAGCACAUGGGUCUCUACGACGAGUUGUUUGCCAAGAACGAUGUCAAGCUGAUCGCCGGUGGUGCUGCCCAGAACACUGCCCGUGGUGCCCAGUACGCUCUUCCCGCCAGCUCCGUCUGCUACAUCGGCUGUGUUGGCCGUGACAAGUACGCCGAGAUCCUGAAGGAGGCUUGCGAGCAGGCUGGUGUCCACACCGAGUACCGUGUCGACGAUGCCCAGCCCACCGGCAAGUGCGGUGUCAUCAUCACCGGCCACAACCGCAGCAUGUGCACCCACCUUGCUGCCGCCAACGAGUACAAGAUCGAGCACUUGAAGCAGCCUCACAUCUGGUCCCUCGUCGAGAAGGCCCAGUUCUACUACGUCGGUGGCUUCCACCUUACCGUCUGCGUUCCUGCCAUUCAGGCCCUCGGCGAGGAAGCUGCUGCUAAGAACAAGGUAUGGUCAAUCCCAAAGGAUCUUGUUGACAACUUGCUGACCAAGAAUCGAUUACAGGUGUUCAUGCUCAACCUCUCUGCCCCCUUCAUCGCCCAGUUCUUCAAGGACCAGCUGGACAGCGUCCUCCCCUACACCGACUACACCUUCUGUAACGAGACCGAGGCUCGUGCUUUCUCCGAGAGCCACAGCUGGGGCACCGACGACGUCGUCGAGAUCGCCAAGAAGCUGGCUCAGCUCCCCAAGAAGAACACCGGCCGUCCUCGUACCGCCAUCGUGACCCAGGGUACCCUCCCCACUGUCGCUGCCACCGUUAAGCCCAACGGUGAGGUCGAGGUCAAGGAGAUCCCCGUCCGUGAGAUCCCCAAGGAGAGCAUCAACGACACCAACGGUGCCGGUGACGCCUUCUGCGGUGGGUUCUGCGCCGGUAUCGUCCAGGGCAAGUCCCUCGAGGACAGCAUCGACAUGGGCCAGUGGCUCGCUUCCCUCAGCAUCCAGGAGCUGGGUGCCUCUUUCCCCUUCCCCAAGCAGGCCUACACCCCCAUCAACCGCUCCUAA